AUGACCUUCCACCCAAAAAAAGACUGCGGCAUGGGCUUAGGCACAUAUGACCUCGGACCCGGCACCAAUUCGGAUCUCGGCUCCGACUCUCUCAGUUCCGGCAGAUCGCGCUUGGGCUCCAAGAUGGGCACCGGUGGCCUUGGCUGGUCGGGCGGCCUUCGAGGCGAUCGAAAGAACAAAUGGACGACGGUCCUUGGUCUCGACAGUGGAUGCGAAUAUGGCAACGGGAACAGGAGCGGAAACGACUAUGGGGGCAGUGAGGACAUGGGCGGCUUAGGCGGACCGGAUGAUGCAGGUGGCGGAUUCGGCACGGGAGAUUCACCAAAGAUAUCCCUGACUGCUGCUUCUUAUCCUGUCCACCUACCGGUUCUCCUAGACAACCUGAGCCGGCUCGAGACAGCUCGUUCCCGUGUCUUCAACGGCCUGGACAAGUAUGGCGACGGCGCGAUCCUGGUUAUUUUUGAGAAGAAGUGGUUCAAGCGGCUGCAGAAGCUGUGCGACCACCUCGGUGCUCAGGGCCUGGCCAUCGGCAGUCUGCUCGCUCACACAACAGCACUCCCUUCGCAGGGUCUCAAUUUGGCCCUCCAAGGGUGGAUGGCCGCGGCCACAAACAACCUGGGCACCCUCCACGGCGAGAUGGAAAGUGUAUCCUUCACUCACCUCAUCACAAUGGCUGGUGAUAUUGAAGAUGCAUCCGAUAUGGUGGAUGCAGUCGACAGUGGUGACAACGGCGAAAUCGUCGAUACGGCAACAGGAAUUGUCGUUGAGGGUGCCGCCGAGGAUGCCUGUGAAAUGUUGUUUGGCAGCGUCGAUGCGCAACUAGCACGCUGCUACAAGAUAUUGAUGCAGUGUGCCGCCGAGAUGGACAACAGAAUGAUGCCGGCAUUACAACAAGAGCUAUCAGGAGGCGGCUGGAACGUUCCCCCUGGUCCAGGACGAUGGUAA